AUCGACUGCAAGCUAAGAUGCAGGCCGCGCGACUCCACGUCCGCCGAUGGCUGAGCCUUGCCAAGCCGACGGGCCUGGCAUCGCGCUCACCCGCGCUGCUUCCGCGCUGGCAGCAGCAGCACCAGCUCCUUCGUCACAGCCUUCCGCAGCACCGCAUGAAGUCGUCGAUCCCGGCCAUGCAACGGCUAGAGGACGACGACGAAAGCGACGAUGAGAGCCUCGACGACCACCUCUCCAAGCACAUGCCUCUCGAGAAGGCCGACUGGUUUGAACGCUCGCUCUCGGUCGCGCCCAUGCCGCAGCGCUACAAGCGGCCUCGUCAGAACACGGCGGUCUGGGACCCUACGCUCCUUCCGGAUGAGCCGACCAUUCCGUUGUACACACCACCAAUCAAGGACGACAGCCACCGACUCGGCGCAAUGACGCCCGAAGAGAUUGACCGCUGGCUCGAUGGUUACGAGAUUCCGGCCGAAGCCAUGAAGCUCCAGGGCAAGUCUGCGCAAGAAGUUCGCGAGCUUUACGCCAAGCAGCUUCGCCUCGAGCAGGCCAUCUACGAAAUGUCGGUGGAGACGAACAACAGCACCACGGCCAGUGUCGUCUCUCUCCAGAAGGGUAGCGAGAUCAGCGCGGCCAAGUCGUACAUCAACAAGUGGGGCAGCGCGUUGACAGAAGCGAUCCUCGACGAGAUCGCCGAGGUCUCGGACAACAACCGCGACGCGACCGCGAUCGACCGCGCGAUUUACGGCCCGGUGCUGUACCUGAUUUCGCCCGAGAAGCUCGCGCGCAUCGUCGUCACGACCGUGCUCAACCACGUGCUCAUGGAGGCCGACGGCGUCAAGUUCGUCAAGAUCACGCUCGCCCUCGGCCGCGACAUCCAGGAGGAGAUCAGCAAGGAGAAGCAGAAGUCGCGGUCGUCGGUCCCGGCGUUCGAGCGCAACUACACGCGCAUCUUCCAGGACAACAAGCGCGCCAACAUCCGCGCCCGCGCGCUCGAGUACUUUGAGACCGUCGGCGACUGGCCCAAAGAGCUCCAGCUCAAGCUCGGCUCCGCGCUCCUCGACCUCCUCGAGAAGAACUGCUACGAAGACGUUCCGGCCCCGACCGAGUCGGGCCUCUCGCACCUGCGCGAAGACGGCCCGGAGCAGCCCACGCGCGUCAAGGCAUUUCUGCACACGGUCCGCUUUGAGAAGAACCGCCGGUACGGCAUCAUCCGCUGCUCGCCGGAAGUGCACCAGAAGGUCAUGAGCGGCGACGUCUUCCUCCCGUGGUGCGCUCGCUACCUCCCGAUGGUCGUGCCGCCGCGCCCCUGGAACGGCGUCGCUAACGGUGGCUACCUCACGCUCCCGACGACCAUCAUGCGGCACCGCGACUCGCGCUGGCAGCUGCAGUGCGCCAAGCGCGGCGAGAUGGACCCGGUCGUCCAGUCCCUUAACAUGCUGGCCGACAUCCCGUGGGUCAUCAACCGGGACGUGCUCAACGUGGUCAUGGCGCUCUGGAACGCCGGCGGCGGCUUUGGCGACUUGCCGCCGCGCGACGACCUCGCGCUGCCGGAAGAGCCGCGUGUCGAAGACUACCAAAUGAUCGCCGACGACGCGGACCGCCUCGCCCGGUACAACGCCGAUAUGGACACGUACAAGAAGACGCUGGCCAAGAUUGUGAAGAAGAACCGCGAGUUCCACUCGCUGCGCUGCGACACGAUCUACAAGCUCCAGGUCGCCGAAGAGUUUCAGCACGAAGAGGCCAUCUACUUCCCGUACAACAUGGACUUCCGCGGCCGCGUGUACCCGAUCCCGCCCAACUUAAACCACCUCGGGUCGGACAUGUCGCGGUCGCUCCUCGUCUUCAAGGACAAGAAGCCGCUCGGCCCCGGCGGCCUCCGCUGGCUGAAGAUCCACCUCGCGAACCUCUACGGCAUUGACAAGUGCUCGUUCGACGAUCGCGAACAGUUUGCGACCGACCACAUGCAGCAGAUCCUCGCGUCGGCUGCCAACCCGCUCGGCGACGACCCGGACUCCAAGUGGUGGCAGGACGCCGAGGCGCCGUUCUUGGCCCUCGGCGUCGUCUUUGAGCUGGCCAAGGCCGUCCAGCACCCGAACCCGGAGGAGUACCUCUGCAACGUGCCCGUGCAUCAAGACGGGUCGUGCAACGGACUUCAGCACUACGCUGCCCUCGGUCGCGACCAGGGCGGUGGCGAGCAGGUCAACCUCGUGCCCUCGAACAAGCCGCAGGAUGUCUACUCGGGCGUCGCGGCCCGUGUCAUCCAGCGCAUGGAGCACGACUCGGUGCAGGCCGUGCCGUCGCUUGACGAAAUCAUCGACGACCUCCGCCGUCCUUUGAGAAGACGUGGUACGAGGACGAGAAGCUCGGCGCGCCGGCCAAGACGCGCCGGUCGUCGUACGUGCCGAAGAAGGCGCUCACGAAGGAGGAGACUCUUCUUCGUCUUGCCAAGGCCAAGGAGUUCGAGCUCAAGCGCCGCCACGAGUACGCCAACCUCCUCCUCAAGUCGAUCACGCGCAAGGUCGUCAAGCAAACCGUCAUGACGUCGGUGUACGGCGUCACGUACAUUGGCGCGCGUCGCCAGAUCCAAGCGCGGCUCGAAGAGGUCUUCCUCAUGGAAGGCCGCGGCAUGAACGAAGAGCUUGAAGAACAGAUCUACCACGCCGCCAACUAUGCCGCCGAGCUCACGAUGCAGUCGAUGGGCGAUCUCUUCACGUCCGCGCGUCUUAUCAUGGAGUGGCUCUCCAAGUGCACGGAGCUCGUCGCGAACGAGGGCCAGAUGAUGAGCUGGAUCACGCCGCUUGGUCUCCCCGUCACGCAGCCUUACCGCGUUCAGAGCUCCAAGCAGGUCCGCACUUCGAUGCAGCACGUGAUCAUCACGGACAAUGACUCGAAGCGCGUCAGCGUCGGCCGCCAGAAGUCGGCGUUCCCGCCCAACUAUGUGCACUCGCUCGACUCGACGCACAUGAUGAUGACGUCGCUUAAGGUCAUUGGCGAGGACAAGCUCGACUUCGCGGCCGUGCACGACUCGUACUGGACGCACGCGUGCUCGGUCGACCGCAUGAACGAGCGAUUGCGCCAGGAGUUUGUGACGCUCUACUCGCAGCCGCUGCUGCAAGAGCUCCGCGACCAGCUCGUCAUGCGCUUCCCGCGCCAGCAAUUCCCGCCCGUGCCCGAAGUCGGCGAGCUCGACCUCAAGGAAGUGCUGGAGAGCCCGUACUUUUUCAACUAGAUUUCCAUUCCUCGUAUUUAAGAACAAGAUGGCACCCAAUUACCGCUAUUAAAACAACUAAGACACUAUGUACACUUAUCCUUAUUGCCA